UUCUUAUUGGCCCAUUUGUUGCUGUUUCGGGUUAUGGUUCGUGUUGUCAAAAAGCAUUGAAUUGAGGUGACUUCUGUGGCUUUUGUCUUCGUACUGUUAAAAUUGUGAAAAACUUUUAAAUACAAUAUAAAGAUUUAACGAUUUUAAAUUGUGCAGCUACAAUAAAUAAACCUAUUGUAGGAAAAUAUAUGCUGCAGUUAUCGCGAUUCUAUAUUGAUUUUUACUGAAUUGAAGAGUAAACGACAUUAACUGCCGCUGUGAAAAGUAGAACCGAUAAUACAAUACAACUUCACUAAACAGCCCCACUCAUACAAAAGACCUACAAACGCAUAUAAGUGUGAUUGUUCCGGUCGACUCCUACCUUCCUCCGGUCAAGUAACAUCUCACGUCGCGGCAAUCUGCAGCGUCAAAACAAUAUAAUACAAACAGCAGUUUAUUUGGUAACGUUCAAGAUUAAUGUUCAUAAUAUUUUUGUGAUAUUCGUCACAACUGCUAAAAAUAGAUACGAAAUCGCUGUGUAAAAAUCGACCGGUAGAAAAAAGGAAAACAAUCAUAAAUUUCCAAAUUGUGGGUGUCUGCAGCGCUCUUAAUAUCUGACGCCCCGUGUAAAAACGAAUUUCAAGCUUUGUUUACGUAGAAAAAAACAACAGGAAUCAUGGAAUUUUUAUUUGGUUCACGUUCGAGUAAAACUUUUAAGCCCAAGAAAAAUAUACCAGAAGGUACUCAUCAAUAUGACUUAAUGAAACAUGCUGCGGCUACAUUAGGCUCAGGUAACUUACGCAAUGCUGUUGCUUUACCCGAUGGCGAAGAUCUCAACGAGUGGGUUGCUGUAAACACUGUCGACUUUUUCAAUCAAAUAAAUAUGUUGUACGGUACCAUCACUGAAUUUUGUACCGAAGAAAGCUGUGUUAUUAUGUCCGCUGGACCAAAAUAUGAAUAUCAUUGGGCUGACGGACUUACCGUUAAGAAACCAAUCAAAUGUAGUGCACCAAAAUAUAUCGAUUAUCUUAUGACAUGGGUACAAGAUCAAUUGGAUGACGAAACACUAUUUCCUUCAAAAAUCGGCAUACCGUUUCCAAAAAAUUUUCUCAGUAUAGCAAAAACUAUAUUGAAACGGCUCUUUCGUGUUUAUGCACAUAUUUAUCAUCAACACUUCUCAGAGGUAGUUACAUUGGGUGAAGAGGCCCACUUGAAUACGUCCUUUAAACAUUUCAUAUUCUUCGUACAAGAAUUUAAUUUGAUUGAUCGCCGCGAACUGGCGCCAUUGCAAGAACUUAUUGAUAAAUUAACAGCAAAAGAUGAGCGGCAAAUAUAGGAAUCAAUGCAAGUCGGUAUGCAGUUGGAGUUUUGAGUAUAAAAGGUAGAGAAAUGAAAGCGAAUUUAACCAGCAUGGACCUAUUUCGAUCUAACAUGUUUGGCCAAAAAGCCAUUCAAUAAGAUAUGUUUAUCUGUUUUAUAUAUGUAUGUAAAUGUGGUCCGUUUAAAUGAACUUCUUUUUUUGUGAAAUGAAAACUUCGAACGAUGCCGAAACAUAAUUUUACCCUAUAAAUAUAAAAUAUAAUGGAUUAAAACGAAAUGUAUUAUGUUCGCUUAGACGUCUGUACCGAAUGCCUGCAUAAUAUAACUAGAAAUUACAUUUAAAUAAUUUAUCUCAUUUAUUAUUUUACUUUUUAAGCGGCUUAAUCAGCUAGAAACGCAAUACAUUUAAAUAAUUAGUUACUGAUUAUAUAUAUAUUUUUUACCAUUUAAGAUUUAUUUAAAAAAAAAACUAGUCUUAAGUUCUGAAUAUUCCUACUUAAAAAAAAAAUCAUUAAAAGUGUGCGUCAGGCUUACGCAUACACUCGAAAAAAUAUUUAGGUAUAACGUUUGUAAUUCUGUUGAAUUGCCGAAAACUAACUGCGAAAAUGAUUAUUGUUCGAAAGCGUCAUAAUUAUCGAAAGUGUUAGUACCACCCAUUAUAAGGCAAAAUAAAUAAAAAAAAGCAUGUAUUUAAUUAUGAAAAAAAAACAAUAUUUUUCUAUUGAAAUAAGUACGAUUACGAUAAUAAUUAAGACAAUUUUAAACAACAAUAAAAUGUGGCUUCAAAAGCUUACCGGCAUAAACAUUCACUCUCA